AUGCCGAAAAAUAAAAAUCGAAAAGCUCGACGCGACUCGAGACCAGCAACAGCCAACAACAAUGAAAAUGUAGAUACAGCAUCCACCUCUAAUCCCUCAAUAUCAGCAGUAGAUUCUACUACAUUAAUUCCAUCUGAAUCAUCCACUGUAUCACAAUCAGCAACUGAUCCUCAAGUGACACUUUCAUCUCAGCUAUCUACUGUGCCAAAAUUAGCUUCAAUUGUUCGAGAACCAACACCAUCUGAAACACCUACUAUGCAAAAAUCAGCAGCAGAUCCUCAAGGACUACCUGAAGCUCAGCCAUCUGCUGUAUCAAAAUCAGCAUGGAGUCCCCGAGUACCUCCUCCAGCUGGAACAUCUUCUGUACCGAAGUUGACAUCGGAUCCUCAGGUGCCACCUUCAUCCCAGCCAUCUGCUACAUCAAAGUCAGCAUGGGGUCCUCGAGUAUCAUCUCCAUUAGAACCAUCCAUUAUAUCAAAACCAGUCCUGGAUUCACAAGUACUACAGCCUUCAUCUCAGCCAUCUGCUGUGCCCAAACCAGCAUGGGGUCCUCCAUCUCGAAAUCUACAUCCAAUAGAACGUUCAUCCAGUGCUUUUCCGAUGAUGAAGGAGGAAAACAGAAGUUCAUCUGUGAACAAAGACACUACUUUAUCUAAAGAACGCCGUUCUCAAAGUGUACUUUCAACGAAACGUCGUCGAUUUUUAUGCUCAGCAGUACCUGAUUCCGCUGUCUUGUCUCCAGUUCGUCGUCCGGAUGAUGGUGGUUCGAGUGGUGACAAAAUAUCGGUGUAUACUAAUCAUUUUCCUUUGCACAUCGAUAAUGCUAUUGUCAAUCAGUACGAUAUUGAGAUCUUUACGGUUGGUCAAGAUGGUAAAUUACGUGUGGCACGCAAAGAUGAACGUUGGGAAACGAUGCAAUGUAUUGCAAAAGAAAUAAAAACGUUCCCUGUUGUAUGGUAUGAUGAAGGAAAAACAUUGUACACACGAGCAUUAUUGACUGAAUUUACAAAGCCUAUUCAGAUAAAAUUGAAAAGAGGCAAUGAAACAAAAACAUUUCAACUGAACAUAUUAAAUCUUGUUCGACAAGAGAAAAUUUCAAAUAUUUUUGAUUUUAUUCAAAAGAAAAUAAUUCUUCGUCCUCGUGAAACAGUUCGAAUAAUUGAAACUCUUUUCAAACAACGUGCUCGCAAUGAUCUCGUCUGUGUUCGAAAUCAAUUCUAUAAUCGUAAUCAAAUCCUUGAUGAUCUCAAGGAUGGUCGUGGCAUGGCUAAAGGUUUCUAUCAAGCAUUGUUUCUUACACGAUGUGGACCAACACUCAAUGUUAAUCUAACAUUCACUUGCUUUUAUAUGCCAUUAAACUUUGUAGAUUUUGCUUGUAAAUACUUACGAAAAGAUAUUACCAAAGGAUUUACAGAAUAUGAAGCAAAAAUAUUCAGAAAACUAAUUCGAGAUCUACUUAUUGAAACUGAACAUACAGGCCGGAUACUUCGCUAUAAACUGCGUCGUUUUGGUCUUCCAGCCGAUCAACUUUUGUUUACAUGUGGAGAAGUAGAUGAAAGCGUAGCAGAGGCUUCUUCUAUUCAAAAGAUCAGUGUAGCCGAAUACUUCGAACAAAAAUAUCAACGAAAACUUCGCUAUCCACAUUUACCUUGUAUUGAUGGUACAGCUGGCAUCAAUAAGAGAGCCAAUUGGCUACCAAUGGAAGUGGUUAAGGUUGUCGAAUGGCAACGUUCAUUAAAGCCAUUAGAUGCAACACAACGAGCUCUCGUUUCGGGUAAAUCUAUUAUCAAACCAUUUGAACGAUAUAAUCAAAUAAUGAGUAUUAUGCAUGCACGCGAUUUUGAGACGGAUAUUUAUCUUAAAGAAUUAAAUAUUCAUGUAGACAACCAUGAAAUGCUCAAAAUCAGAGCUCGAAUUCUUACACCUCCUUCAAUUCACUAUGGUACUCGUCCAGGUCAAAAUGAAGCGAUCGAACAUGUCAAUGUUGGUAGAUGGAAAAUCCGAAAUUGGUUUUAUACAACACCUGAGAUUCAUAAUUGGGGUCUCAUCUAUAUUGGUUAUCAACAUAAUCAAAAAAUUGAUGAUAUUCUCAACGAAUUUAGCAGACAAUUACCAGAAUUACUUAAACGUAAAGGUUUUAUGAUAAAAUCAAAAUUAACUAUAACUAUCAAAUCCGAUCGGCAACAAGAUAUUGAAAAGGCUUUGACUGAUGCCAGUAAAAAUCGUUGGCAAUUAGCUAUUGUUGUGCUUAAUACGAGAUCUGAUCAAGUUUAUGAUUAUGUCAAACAAUUAGGCCAUCAACAAUUAGGUUUAAGAACACAAUGUAUCGACAUGGAAGCAUUGAUGAAAAAUAUUGGCAAUCUCAACAUGUAUGUGGAUAACUUAAGUCAGAAGAUCAAUAGUAAACUGGGUGGUAUCAAUAGUGUUGUUAAUACAAAAUUGGCUUUAAGUCGUUCUUCUAAAGAAGAUCUUUUUAUGUUCUUUGGAGCAGAUGUAACUCAUUCGACUUGUUCCACAGAUCGCCCAUCAAUUGCAGCAGUAGUUGCUUCACGUGAUCCAACUAACACUCUCUAUGCUGCUCGACUUUGCGAACAAUAUCCGAAAAAGGGUCGUUGUUCAAUGGAAAUUAUCAAAGAAUUAGAUCAAAUGGUUGCUGAUUUGCUUCGAGUCUUCGCACGCACAUGUGGUGGUCGUCUUCCAAAUAAAAUUGUCUUUUAUCGAGAUGGUGUAGAUGAAGGACAAUAUCAAAAGGUACUUGAUAAUGAAGUGAACAAAAUCAAGACGGCUUGUCGAAUUGUGUAUGGUGACCGUUCGUUGCCAAAAUUAACAUUUAUUGUUGUGAAGAAACGACAUAAUACGCGUUUCUUUCUCUAUGAUGGUAAACAGACAAUGAAUGUUCAGGCAGGUACUGUGAUCGAUCAAGAUAUUACUCAUCCAUCCCAAUUCGAUUUUUAUCUCUGUUCACAAGCAGCCAUAAUGGGUACAUCGCGACCAACUCUUUAUCAUGUUCUUCAUGAUGAUAUUGGCUUUAGUAGUGACGAUGUUCAACAAUUAACCUAUUGGUUAUGUCAUACGGAUAUGCGUUGUACUAAAUCAGUCUCGAUUCCAUCGCCUGUUCAUUAUGCUCAUCUAGCGGCAUAUGGUUCUCGUGCAUUGAAAUUCAAUGAUGAUCGUGAAUCAGACGACUUUGAUGAUGAUAAUAAUGAUGAAGAACCUGAAAGUUAUUCAAUAGAUGAUAUUAAAACUAAACUAAUGAUAUUGGACUCAAAAGUUGCCGAUGACAUGUGGUUUAUAUAA